AUGCGCUUCAUGACUGUUGCCCUCCUCUUCGCCUUGAUCGCGGCUUUGGCCUACGCUGACUGCGACGACUCCCUUUGCGAGAGCAUCUGCGCUAACUUCUGCAAAGUGUUCGGCCGAAAAUGCGGAACCCACGUCUGCGAAGGAGACAACUGCAAGAUCACCUGCGAUAAUGGACUCAUGAACGUCCUCGCCAACGUCGAUGGCCAGACCUUCUCUUUCAAACACUAA